AUGUCGAAACAUAAAAUAACGUCUUAUUUUGAAACAAAUUCAGCAAAAAAAUGUAGAACGAGUAACACUGAUGGUAACGCAAAAAAAACUAUAAUUGAAAUGCAGACACAAAUGCCUGAUACACAAAUUCCAACGUCCACGUCUUCAAUUGAAGAACUGUCAUCAAGCAAUCAAGUUAGUUUAGUUGAUAGUACGGAUAUAGGAAAUUUUAUAAAUGAAACUGCAGAUGAUUUUACUAAAUCAUUAAUAGUUAAAAGAAGUAACAUCCCUGCAUCAAAUUUUAUUUUUCCUUUUUCAACCCACAAAAAAAAGGGAAAGCUGAAAAACGGUAUUUGCGUGUCAAUCAUUUUGAGAAAUACUCGUGGUUAG